UGUUAGUUAAAUUUGGGUUAGAAUAUCUUUUCAAUCGUCAAUAAAUCGAGAAAAAAAUGAACGAAAAAAUGGAAGAGGAAGAAGAAACAUGCAAUUUUGAAGAUAUGGGUCUAGAUGACCGAAUUCUCAAAGCAAUCGCCAAACUUGGUUGGAAAAAGCCGACAUUGAUACAAGAGAAAGCAAUCAGUCUUGCAUUGGAGGGUAAGGACAUUUUGGCCAGGGCUCGAACCGGAUCUGGCAAAACAGGGUCGUACGUCGUUCCAAUAAUCCAUAAAAUUCUCAAAAUCAAACAGAGGGCCAGUGAGCAGUGCACCAAAGCACUCAUCCUGGCACCCACCCGAGAACUCUGCAGCCAGGCCCAGAGAAAUAUUAUUGAGAUGACCAGCUGCUGUUCAAGAGAUGUCAAGAGUGUCGAUGUCUCCACACAGCAACCGUUAAGUGUUCAAAAACCUCUGCUGACAGAGAAACCAGACAUAGUGGUGGGUACGCCGAGUAGAAUACUGGGUCAUUUGUCGGAGGGCAACUUGCAUUUGAAGCCGGGCCUCGAGAUGGUGGUCAUCGACGAGGCUGACCUCCUCUUCUCAUUUGGAUACGAGAAGGAUAUGAAAGAACUUCUCACACAUCUGCCAGAGAGCUACCAAGCUUUCCUCAUGUCUGCCACUCUAUCAGAUGAUAUCAAGGCUCUCAAGUCUAUGAUGCUACAUAACCCUGUCACACUGAAGUUGGAAGAGCCACAACUUCCUACCAUUGAAAAACUAAAACAAUUCAAACUCAGAUGUGAGGAGGAGGACAAGUUCUUAACAAUGUACGCCCUGCUGAAAUGCCACAUAGUGAAUCAGUUUAACGAGGGUAGAUAUGAAAUCAUCAUAGCUGCUGAUGAAACGUCGUUGGAAAACCCCUCCAACAGAGCCAACAACAACAAAAAUAAGAGGUUCAGAAGGAGAGAUUACGAAUCAGGCAUAUCGAGGGGUAUAGAUUUCAGGAACGUGACGACGAUUAUUAAUUUUGACUUUCCGCAAAGUGUUGAAUCGUACAUACACAGAGUAGGAAGGACUGCAAGGGCAGAUGCCAGGGGAAUGUCCCUGAGUCUUGUGUGCAUGAAGGAGACGGCAAGAUUGGAAGAGGUGGAGAAGUUUCUCUUGGACUCCUAUCCUCAAGGCCUAACUGAAUUCAAGUUUGAUAUGGAAGAAGCUUCUGGACUACGCUACAGAUCCGAGACAGCCCGGAGAUCUGUAACGAAGGAUGCGAUCAGGGAGGCUAGGAGGAAAGAAAUCAAAGUCGAAAUGCUCAAUUCUCAAAAAUUGAAAACCUACUUUGAAGACAACCCACGUGACUUGCAAGUACUGAAGCAUGAUAAAGUACUGCACGUGGUUAAAGUACAACCGCAUCUGAAGAAUGUCCCUGACUAUUUAGUGCCUCAGUCAUUGAAAAACACCGCAAAGUAUUAUCCAAUGAGAAAGUCGCAUACAUUGGCCAAUGGGAAGAGGGCUUUUAAGUCGCGGGGACAGGCCAGAUACCAGAAACAACAGGCAGAUCCUCUCAAGAGUUUCAGUUUUGAGCCAAAGAAAAAGAAACGGAGAACGAAAUAAAAACAAUGAACAAACUAAUUGUUAUUAUUAUUACCAUUGUUGUUUUAAUUAUUUUUAUGAACGCCUUCAUAUUUUGGUUUAUCUCAUUCGACAUCAUGUAAAAUACACAAUAUGAAAC